UCGGAAACACUAUUCUUGUUGCCGGCGGAGCACGAGCUGCAUACAUAUGUUUUGAUGUUAGGCUUGCAGGCAUGGCCACUCACAGUAAUAACUUUAUCCGCGUACGUUUACACUUUGACUACCCGCCGCCUGCUGUGAUUGAUUGCCGCAUGUGCUGGCUGCUCGUGGACUUGAACACAUGUCGCGUGGUGGCGGACCUGGAGAGUAUCAUCAGAGAGAAGUUCGAGUUCAGCCGUGGAAGCAUCCUCAACCUCUACAUAGAAGACUGCUACCUGCCGCACACGGAGAGCAUCUAUGUGGUGCGAGAAAACGACAGCGUCAAAGUGAAGGUGAGCUAUUUGGCUCCAGUGAUUGGAAACGGCAGCUUUCCUGUUCAAGCAAGUGAAAACUGCAGAAAGAGACAGAGACCCAGAGAGGAGGAAGGGCCAGGGGAAAAUGGAGUGAGUGUGGAGAGGAAGGAAAAGAAGAGGAGAAAAAGGAGCGAGGGGAAGGAGGCCAAGCAGGCUUCAGGUGAUGAGAGGAAUAAGAACUCACAAGAAAAGUGCACAGAGAAGAAGAAGAAGAAGAAAAAGAAGAAGGCACAGGAGAAGGCUCCUACUGUCACCCCCAAAUCAACUGCCUGUGCCAAAAACACCCCAGUAAAGGUACACCAGCCAGUUAAAAGCAACAAGAAGCCUCCAGUGGCACAAAAUGUCUCCUCUUCAGAUUCCAGUAGCAGCAGUAGUGAGGAAGAAGAAGCACCAAAAAAAACAGCUGCUCAAAAACCAGCACUCAAAACACACUCCUCCACCCCCGCUGCUCCCAAGGCACAUAAACUCACCAUACCCACCCAGACAAAACCACGUCCUCCAUCGUCUUCCUCUUCAGAAACUGUCUCCUCUUCUGAUGAGGCCACCAGUGCGAACCCCUCGUCAAAGAACAAACCUUUAACGUCCACAACCCCAACAGAAAGCGAUAAUUCAAAACCUCAGCAGGCUUCUCAUGUCCUGCAGCCCACAAACUGUGCACAGAAACAACCUGCAAGCGUAGCGGUGCCUACCUGUGACAAAAAUGUGAAAUCUUGUACCCCAAGCAGCGAAGAGGAGAUCGAGCUCGUUAUCCGAAGGCCAGUGCACCAGCUGGCCGGCGGCGCAGGUAGUGAGGCUUGGAGAGGCCGUGGCAGGGGAAAGAACAGGCGUGGUGGCCGUGGAGAGACGAGAUGGGGUGAAGGCAGAGGGGGAAUCAGAGGGCAGAAUGGCAGCUUUGAGUUCAACUAUAACGGAGCCAAGGAGCCAUCCUACCAGACCGACUCACUCAGCAACAAGUCAGUGGUCCUCCAGAAUAAAGCAGAAAGUACUCCCAAACAGGACUACAGCUCUAUGCCCCUGCUAGCUGCCCCUCCACAGGUGGGGCAGAAGAUUGCCUUCAAGUUACUGGAGCUUACUGAGAACUAUACACCUGAGGUGUCAGAAUAUAAGGAGGGAAAGAUUGUGAGCUUUGACCACACCACCAAGCAGAUUGAGCUGGAACUACAGAAUGCAUCUCUAUCUCCUGUAGAGCCUGGCAAGUUUGACCUGGUCUAUCAGAACCCGGAUGGCUCGGAGAGAGUGGAGUAUGCAGUGUCCAGAAGCUCUCGGGUGACAGAACGGUGGGACUCCCUGCUGGAACCGAGGCUGAUCAUUUGAAGCUGUCCAAACAGUGACUUUGAACAUGGCCCCAGUUUGGCAAGAUGGAUUUCCCUCAGAUGAACUCUAUUUAAGGAUCCUUUAAGUUGUACUUUGUUAAAAUGGGAGUCACUGCUUUACAUUGGAUCUCACAGCUAAGGCGUAUAAUUUUGGAUGAUUAUAUUUUCCUCUCUGUGCUACCAAAUAAGUCAUCGCUGCACAGAAAUACUGCGUUGCAAAGUACAGGCAUAUUACCGAAAAUCUAAUAAUUGUUCCAUUUAAAUUGGGGUUGGAUAUGAACUUUUUUUUUUUUUUUUUUUUUUUCUUUAGUAUGUUGAUAGGAUGAGUGGUUGUUUCCAAGACUGGGACAUAAUGGUUUUAUGUUUUUUACAAUGAUGUGACUGUUUAUCAGUCUUGUUUAAACUGUUUUUUUUAAUAAAACAUCUCCUGCUUUAGAU